AUGGCAGGAGAAAAGGAUAUCAGCACCGACGAAGAAGUCCCCAAUGACUCUGUCACUACCACCAAGUACCCAGUAAAAUGGUAUCGCUCGACCUUCUACAAUGCCCUGAUCCUGGGAAUGUGCAACUUCCUCGCCCCCGGCAUCUGGGGCGCGAUGAACUCUCUCGGCGGCGGCGGCGCAUCAAAGCCCUAUCUCGUCAACACCGCCAACGCACUCACGUUCUGCCUAAUGGUGCUGUCCUGCUUCUUCGGUAGCGUCCUUGUCAAGUUCAUCGGGAUUAAAUGGACCCUCAUCGUCGGCACCAUGGGCUACGCGCCGUACGCAGCCGGAAUCUACACCCAGGUGCGGUACGACAGCGACUGGCUGACCCUCUUUGGAGCCGCGCUAUGCGGUCUCUCAGCCGGUGUAUUCUGGAUGGCCGAGUCGGCAAUUGCGCUUGCAUACCCCGAGCCACACAACCAGGGUAAAUUCCUAGGGUUCUGGCUGAGUUUCCGCGUCCUCGGCCAGAUCAUCGGCGGCGCAAUUAAUAUCGGCGUGAACAUCGACCGGUCCACCGCGGGCAGCGUCUCUUACGUGGUCUACUACAUCUUCAUCACCCUCCAAGCCCUCGGUGCAUUCUGCGGACUGCUCUUGACAAGCCCGGCAAAGGUGCAACGCACCGACGGCGUCCCCGUGAAAUUGCAUAUUGCCAACGACGUCUGGGUCGAGAUUAAGGCCAUGGCCAAGCUCCUGGUUAGCAAGAACUUCCUCCUGAUUACCCCGCUUAUCUGGCAGGCGACGUUCAGUGAGGCCGUGAUGUUCACGUAUAACUCGCUGUGGUUCUCGGUCCGGGCGCGCGCGCUGGGCUCGUUCGUUUCGGGGAUUAUGGCGAUUAUCUCGGGGAAUUUGCUCGGGGCGUUUCUGGAUAGUAAAGUCUCGCUUAAGAUGCGCAGUCGGGCGGGAUUUGCUGUUGUUCUGGGGCUGCAGGGUGCGUGGUGGAUGUGGGGGACUAUUGUUGUGACGGACUUCAACAAGAAACAGCCGACGUUUGACUGGGCUGAUCCGGGCUUUGGGAGGGGGUUUCCUCUGUAUUUGUUUUGGGUUGUUGGGUUUCAGUUGAAUUAUAUGUUUUUGUACUUUGUUGUUGGGAAUCUGGCAACGAACGAGGAGGAGGUUGUGCGCAUUGCAGGGUUGUUGAGAGGGAUGGAGUCUGCCUCGCAGGCUGUUUCGUAUGGCUUGAGCAGUGUCUCUAUUAUGGCGUCCGUUGGGAGUAUAUAUUUGAACUUUGGCCUCUGGGCGAUUGCCCUGUACCCAGCCUGGUUGGUGAUCAAGGAGAUCGGAGUGUCGCUCGGCGACAAGAAGGUAGAGAGAGAGGCACAGACUGCGCGGGAAGCGAAUUGA